GAUCCAGAGCGUCCUCUCUCAGUUUGCCUCAGACUCAGCACAGGCUCACACUCUUCAUACAGGAAGGACACUGCUGCAUACUGGUGUUCUGGCAUCUUCAUGUCUGCCUCCCCACCCACCAGCUCACGUUCUUCUUUUCCCCCUUCACACCACUCUGACUUUUCUCUCCACACCUGCCAUCACUUCUGAACAACGCUUUCUCAAAAUGACUGAACGCUAUGACUGCCACUACUGCAAGGAAUCCCUGUUUGGGAAGAAGUAUGUUCUCCGAGAGGAGAAUCCAUACUGUGUGAAAUGUUAUGAAAGUCUUUACUCCAACACUUGUGAGGAUUGCAAAAAGCCCAUUGGAUGUAACACCAGGGAUCUGUCCUACAAGGACCGCCACUGGCACGAGGACUGCUUCAAGUGCUUCCAGUGCAAACGGUCACUGGUGGACAAGCCAUUCUCCACCAAGGAUGAACAGCUCCUUUGUACUGAGUGCUACUCCAAUGAGUAUUCCUCAAAGUGCCACUCUUGCAAGAAAACCAUCAUCCCAGGCUCCAGGAAAAUGGAGCACAAAGGGAACAGCUGGCAUGAGACCUGUUUUACCUGCCAGAGAUGCCAGCAGCCCAUUGGCACCAAGAGCUUCAUCCCUAAGGACAGCCACAACUUCUGUGUGCCAUGUUAUGAGAAGCAGUUUGCCAUGCAGUGUGUGCACUGCAAGAAGCCUAUCACCACUGGUGGGGUUACCUACCGCGACCAGCCCUGGCACAAGGACUGUUUCCUGUGCACCAGCUGCAAGCAGCAACUGUCGGGCCAGAGGUUCACCUCAAGAGAUGACUUUCCCUACUGUCUCAAAUGCUUCUGCAACCUUUAUGCCAAGAAGUGUGCAUCCUGCACCACCCCAAUUACAGGUCUUGGAGGCAGCAAGUACAUUUCCUUUGAGGAGCGCCAGUGGCACAAUGACUGCUUCAACUGCAAGAAGUGCUCCGUGUCCCUGGUUGGCCGUGGCUUCCUUACUGAGCGAGAUGACAUCCUCUGCCCAGAGUGUGGCAAGGACAUCUAAUUCAUCCUGGAUUACAGAUGCAUUUUACUGAAUGAUCAUGUGCUAGGGAAUGACAAAGAUACAGUAAAUACUACCAGAGCACAGAGCAUAGCAUUAAUAAGCUAUGAUUUAUAAACUACUAAUGGUGUUAGUUGAAUUUACAAAGUUUAUUCAAGUUACUUGUGCACACCCGUAGAAAAAGACAUUACUAAUAUAGUAACAGAAGGCAUGACUGUAAUGAACUUUGCUUAUGAAACUUUAAAACGUUAUAUAGUAAUAUUUAAAGAUACUGUAUGAUGGACAGAAAUAAAUCUAUAUUAAUGAAGACUUUAAGCUUUGAAGAGUGAAAGUAAUUAAUGAUUUAUGGACUGACCAGCUUAAUGCUGUAAGUAAACUGAAGUUUUUUUAGUGGCUUAUAGGGCUGGGCGAUAUGGCCUAAAAAUAAAAUCUCCGAUUUUUUAUAACCAAAUCCGA